GGGAGGGGAGGAAAAAUGAGGGGAGGGGGCGUUUCCCCCCAAGUCCGGAAAGCGGAGGGAGGGACGACGCUCCUUUCCAGGCUUCGGAAGACGAAUCUAGAAGAUUAAUCAGCAUUAAUCGAUCACCUCAAGGAACGUGACGUCACAGCCAAGAUUCGUGACAUCACAAUGGCCGGUCCACUUCGCAAAGGAAUCCACGAGCUUUUCCCCGCCUCCGCCUCCGCCUCUCAGGGAAUUGGACUUAUUUACAUAUUGAUAAGGGCAAAGGCCCAAAGCGUCAGGCGGGGCGUGGUGGCGUCAUCACGCCCCUCAUUGACGGAGUAGCGCAUGCGCACAGGUUCCCACCCCGCCCACGGUCAACCGGCUACGACGCGCGCGUGCACCGAGGGCUCGCGCCCCGGUGUCACCCGGCCUGGCCGUGACGCACGUGCGGCCGCCAAGAUGGUGGUGGGCGCGUUCCCCAUGGCGAAGCUGCUGUACCUGGGCGUGCGGCAGCUCAGCAAGCCGCUGGCCCAAAGGAUUAAGGAGGGGGCGCGCCGGAGCCAAUUCUUCCGGAACUACGUCUGCCUGCCACCCGCCCAGCUGUACCACUGGGUGGAAAUGCGGACAAAGAUGCGGAUCCUGGGCUUCCGGGGAAGCACCAUCAAGCCCCUCAACGAGGAGGCUGCGGCCGACCUGGGGGCCGAGCUGCUGGGGGAGGCCACCAUCUUCCUGGUGGGCGGCGGCUGCCUGGUCAUGGAGUAUGUGCGCCACUCCUCCCAGAACAAGCGCAAGGAGGAGGAGCAGCAGCUGGUGAUGGAGUCCUUUCAGCACGAGCUCAACUUUCUCACCCUGAACGUAGAAACCCUGCAGACUCAGCAGGCCGAGAUCUCCCGGAACCUGGAGACCAUCAAGGGGCUAGAGACCCAGAUCAAAGAGCUCAGGGAACUCCUGGAGAAAAAGAAAUAGAGGCUCCUCUGGUUCCAGGGGGGCCAUGGCCAUCUCCCCCCACGCACCAGCCCUGCCGGGGAAGCCUUCUCGGGCCCCCUCCGAGGGGAUUGUUGCCAACACGGUCCCUCACACCCUUGGCCCCAACCACUUCUUGGGGCAUUUGCGGCCCGUGUGACAUUUCCCCUCUCCCCACCUGCUUCCUUCUUUGAGGAUGGGCCAGACUUUCCACUUCAUUUUCCUCUGUCACGUCCUGGGAGUAAAAAAUUGGCCAGUGUGCUGCUCUCCUGUGGUCGUAUCCACCUCCCACCGCACCCCUGCCCCCGUUGGCGUCUUCUCCCCAGUUCCCCAGGCAACUCCCUCCUGCCUCCCUUCUCCCUGUGCAUCCCGUCCAGAAGUCUCGGCUCCCACAAGGGGGGGGGGGGGGGAGGUUUCCAUCCUUCCCCCUUGGAGCCUUUCAGGGCCUGCCUGUGAUUUCUACAUCCCCCCUUCUUUGACCCAUGGAGAAGUCUCUUGGAGGCACCUUAGUGGCAAUCUCACCCCACCCCACUCCCCACCAGCCCUCCUUGGAUUAUCUCCAUUCCUGGCUUGGAUGGGGGGGGGGGGGUCUCAUGUCCUUUUUUCUUGGGCUGGGUCUGAGAAUCCCUCAGCCCAGCCUCCUGUUACCCGGAACCUGCUCCCAUGGAUCCCACCUUCCCAAGAUUCCGUCCACAUUUUAUCCUUCUCUCCCCGGUCAGGGGCAGGAGUGACCCCACCGGUCCAAAAUCCCAGGGGGAAAACCUGCUCCCCGUCCUCCUCCCGGGUACAUGAGAGCCCUGGAUUUUGUCAGGGCUCCUCUGCCUUCCCACGGGGUGGAGGUGGGGCACCGCCCCCUUGGAGGAAGCUGGGUUUGGGGCAGAUCUCUGGGCCGGUUCUAUUUUUUACAACUGUAAAUACUUCACAAUUAAAGCGGGGGCCGUCCUCGCCGGGUCAGUA